AAAGAUGAUCAAUUCUCAAUGUUGAUUUAGAUUUUUUUUCUCUCCCAAUGGUUGAGACGGUCAAUCAUGUCUAUUGUUAGUUAUGUGUUUCUCUUGGUGUUUUUAAUUGUAAUAAUUACUUCAAAUGUCUCAUCUUGUGGGCUUAGUUAUGAAAAUUUGACCUCUGAACCUUUUUUAGAAGGUCGCAUUGUGGGUGGAUCAAUUUCUCAACCUCGAUCUUGGCCUUGGAUGAUUUCAAUUCAACGAUUAAACUUUACAACAGGUCAACACCGUCACCACUGUGGUGGUACAUUAAUCGAACCCUCUUGGGCGAUAACUGCGGCUCAUUGUGUUUAUGGACAAAAUCCUCAAAAUUUUCGACUUCACAUUGGACCAAAUGAUCUUUAUCCUUAUGGUAAAAAAGUUAUCCGUCCUUCGAUGUUUAUCUGGCAUCCAUAUUAUGUCCACCCAAAGUUCACUGAUGAUAUUGCACUUAUCCAAUUUGAAGAUCCGGUCACUUAUGAUGAUGACAUUUCUCCCAUUUGUUUACCCUCAUAUCGUGAUUAUAAUGAUCAAAGUGACUCAUCUUACGCUGGACAAAUGGCCAUUGCAAUCGGAUGGGGCGCAUUGGGUGAGAAAUCAACUUUUCGACCCAAAAGUCUGAACCAUGUCAACUUACCGAUAUUAACACGAACUCAGUGUACUUACUGGUUAAGGACCAGAGGUUUGCACCCUUCGUGGUUGUGUGCUGGUUACUAUCAGGGUGGUAAAGAUGCUUGUCAAGGUGAUUCAGGUGGACCACUGGUCAUCCAGGUAGAUGGACGUUGGAAUCUAAUUGGUGUCAUCUCAUCUGGACAUGGAUGUGCAAGACCACAACAACCUGGUAUUUACAUUCAAACUGAUCAUUUCAUUGGUUGGAUCUAUCAGAUGAUCAAAUAUUAUAAAUCA